AUGACCGUUGAUUGGUGCAGCCGCGCGGGCGGAUUCCUUCAUGUCUUGGUCUUCAAGGCUGUGGAGAGCGAAUGUCGUCAUGAGCGAACAACAGGACAGUAUGGCCACUGUUGCUGUUAGUCCAAGUGAAUACCUUCAGCCCUCCACUGCUUCUACACAACAGGACACACAGCCGUCUCCUCUGGCCCUUCUGGCUGCUACUUGCAGUAAAAUCGGACCCCCCGCCGCUCAGGCCCCGGUCACCUCUCCUCCAGCGCAGCCGCAGCCUCGCAGGCUUCAGCCCAUAAAACCCGCCCCCAUCGCACCGGCUCCGCCCAAAAACCUGGGUUUCCUCUCAGCGAAGGGCAAUGUGAUCCAGCUGCCGCCCGGCUUGGGCCACUCCGCUCCCGGCAGUCCCAUCGUGCUUACGAUCCAGCAGAGCCCCGCGCGUACCAACGCCGCCGGGCCCGCCAACAUCCAGUACCAGGUGAUGCCGCAGAUCCAGGUGAUGCCGCAGGGCGGUCAGAUCCAGCUCAUCCCAGGCACCAACCAGGCCAUCAUCACCACUCCCAUGACCGUGCCGGCGGCCGCUGCGGCGACGCCGGUCACGCCUCAGAAGACCGUGGCCAUCAAACCGUCGCUGAAGGUACGGAAGGCAAACAGCGGCGCUGCGAACGUGAUGCAGCUGCCCGCUGGGCUCACUCUGCCCCUCAAUGUUGCAACCGGAGAAGUGGGCGGGUCUCCGGUCAUCACGGAGAUGGCCGCCUCGCCUCCCACGCCUGGAAAGGGGCGAAGAGGGAGGAAGAAGAAAGUGGUUCUGCCAGCCGAACCGCCGCCGGCUCAGGCCGCCUCGCCGCCACCGGAGCAGAUGGAGACCAUUUUGAUUGAAGCCGGAGAUAACAUAAUACAGGCGGGGAACAAUUUGCUGAUCGUCCAGAGUCCUGGGCAGCCACCUAUGGUGCAGCAGGUCCAGGUGGUUCAGCCCAAGACGGAGUCUCAGUUGAUCCAGAUUCCCCAGCAGGCUUUGAAAGUGGUGAAAGCUGCUUCUGCCACGCUGCCUCCGGUCCCACAGAAACAGCCUGUCACUCCGAGUCUGCAGGUGACUCCACCGGAACCGUCAUCAACCCAGAUCCUCUUCAAAACAGCUUCAGGCGAGUGGCAGUCAGUCCAACUACAAGACCCAGGCUCAAAGACGACGAGCCCUACCACCUCUGUCGCGCCCACUCCCCCCACAUCGCCCCCUGCUGGCAGCAAAAGGACGCAGGCCGGGGCGCGAAAGGAGCGCACUCUGGCGAAGAUCGCCCCCGCAGGAGGGAUGAUCGCAUUCAGUCCGUCGCAACUGAAUGCGACGCAAGCAGUGCAGACGAUCAGCAUCAACGGGGUUCAGGUCCAGGGCGUUCCGGUCACCAUCACCAACGCAGGAGGCCAGCAGCACCUGACGGUGCAGACGGUGCAUGGCGGAGGCCUGCAGCUGGCGGCAGCGCAGGGCCAGCCGGCCAUCCAGGUGGACCAGACGCUGACGCUGGAGCUGCCGGGUCAGCCAGGGGAGAAGAAACGUCGCAUGGCCUGCACAUGCCCCAACUGCAAAGACGCAGACAAGAGGCCCGGGGAGGUGGGGAAGAGGAAACACAUCUGCCACGUCGCUGGCUGCGAGAAGACGUUCAGGAAAACGUCGCUCCUCAGAGCCCACGUCCGGCUGCACACAGGGGAGAGGCCCUUUGUCUGCAACUGGGUUUUCUGCGGGAAACGUUUCACACGCAGCGACGAGCUGCAGAGGCACGCGAGGACGCACACAGGAGACAAACGCUUCGAGUGCAGUCAGUGUAAGAAACGCUUCAUGAGGAGCGACCACCUCACAAAGCAUUACAAAACUCACAUAAACACCAAGAACUUAUGAGUUUUUUUUUACCAAAACACUCAGAACUUUGCCACAGGAAGGAGUCAGGAAGUGUGAGCGACUCACACAAGGGAAAUAACCCAGAUGAAGCCCCCAAAAAAAUCUCUUCUCACUGACUUGAUGUACAAAGAAAUCCUCCCCUGAGGCCGACCCAGCAAAGCUAAUCAUUACAGUUUAUAUCCGGUUUUAAGAGAUUUGUCUGCUGGUGUGAAAAGCGUCCGAACGAAACUCGGCUUUAAUUCUGCGGCUUGCAGGUGUUUAACUCCGUGUCGUCAACCCACAGAGUGAUUCAAGCGUCAACAUGCUAACGGGAAAUCUGUGAUGUUUCUGUCUCUGAUGUCUCUCAAAAAUCAAGAAAUGCUUUUUAAAUUGCCCACAAUAAAUGUUGCCUCAGUGGAAUAUUAAUUUAAUUUUUGGUCACUUUUCAACAUAUCUUGUGAAAAUUAAUACGUUUAGUUGGCAUUCACUGUUUUAUAUACAUGACGGGAGCUAACGGCCUCCUCUUACUACAACUACUACUAAUAAAUAAUAAUAAUAAACAUUUUAAUGAAGUCUUACACACUGAUUAAAUUGACUAGAUCUUGGCUAAAUCAUUGGUGUCCAAACAUUUUGUCCCUGUGCCAAAACUGACAAAUUUAAGUGACUCACAGGCGUCAAAAUUAAACUAAAAAUGCAAAAAUGAAUUUAUUUAGAUUUUUCUUUUUUACCGGCUCGAUAAUAAACGUAAUUUUAAUGAGAUCUAUCGAUCUUUAGACAUCCAAAACAUAAAAAGGCCUCAGAUUGUUUCCUAAUUGAAAGAAAAACCGACAAUUUAGUUAUUUUCUGUUUUGAUGGCCAAAUUGUUGCUAAUCUUGAUCAAUUAAAAUCAUUUCAAUGGCCACAAGUGGCCUGCGGACCACAUGUUGGGCACCUUUGGGCUUAAUGGAGGUUCUUUAACUUACAGGAUUAAUAAAACUUGCAAUCAGAAUGGAGGAUAACACUUCCUCAUUUUGAUAGUUUUUAUUUAAUUUAAAAUUUAUGUGAAUCUCGUAACAGAAAACGGCCAGUAGAUCCUCUGAGUGAAACAGUUAAUUUAUUACGACUACCUACUGCUUCAGAGUGACCUGAACGCAGCAGCAUUUAAUUCAGUCCAAGAUAAGAAAUUUGUUGAAAUUGGGAUCAAAUAUAACUGAAAUGGAAAUGCAGAAGUUAUCAGGAUUCCAGUUUGAACAGAUUUAGAAGUUUAUUAAAGUGAUUUGUUGUGAUCCACAAAAAAUGUUUAACUGCCAGAGUAAAGAAAAAAACAAAACGGGAGCAGCAUUUUGUUAAAAUGAGACUUUUUCAUACUAAACUAGUUUUAUAUGUUAUAACAAGAUUUCUUUAAUUAAGAUGAAAAAAUGUUGUUUAAUUAUUAUUUAAAUUCGAUCUGGGAUCAAUGAAGUAUUUUUGAAUUAAAUGAGAACACGGAGAGUCACAAGGAGCUAAUUUAUUUUGUAUAUUUGUCGUUAAAUUGAAAUGCUGCUCCUGAACUUAUUCCCUGUCUCUGGCGGUUAAAUGUUUCCGUAUUGGUCGUCUAUCAAACCAUCAAAACAAAACGGAAACUGUUUUAAUCCCAACAUGUGAAGCAGCAGGAGUGAAACUAUCAAAUGACACAAAAUUCAUAAAAACUUUUGCAGCUUUGAAUAAAAUAACUCUUCUGUCCAAACGCAUUUAGAAAAUUGUCAGACAUGUUGAAAAUACAGAAACGUUUAUCAACUCGAGUUUAAUUAAGGAAUUUAAAACAACCGAUAAAUUUAAAAUCGUCAUUCAAUCAGAUUACACCUUCUGAAAUACUGAGUUUCCUUAAAGGGUUGAAAAAAAUACAUUUAUGUAAAAUAUUAGAGAUUAAAUGAUGAGUAAAUAAACUUUAGUUUUGUUUCCACUGUUGGAUGCAGGUACGGUUACAUCUGAGGAAUCAGAUCUCGAUACGCUCGGUACUGUAAAAUCACUUUUCCUCUGGUUAAUCCGGCGACUUUUAGACUUUAUUCCACACAGGAUGUAAAUUUUCUAUUUUACUUUCUGCUUUACGAUUGUGUUAUAAACUACAGAAGCAAAUUUUUAGCAAAACUAGCAGAAUAAAUAAUCAUCAAACUGAUCUGUAAACAGCUGUGAAUGACUGAUUCGUCCUCCCGGUGCACCGACAUUUUAUCCCUGUUGCUCCUGUAAACGAACCGCUGCAUGUUUUUAUCUCUCGUUGUUUUUCAUGACGAGAUCAUAAAAUGUCAGAAUUCCAUGUUUGAUUUAACUUGAUUUGAGGUUUUGGUCUGAAUACGCUUGCAUUUAUUUAGGUUCUGAUCUUAUUUUUGCCUGUUGGUUCUCAUGAAACACGACAGAUCGCGACUCCUGAUUAAACAAAAUUAUUUUAAAAGGUCAGCUGUCAAAGUGGGUACAAGUCGACGCGUGAUUGGUGCACAAAAGUUACGAAAUUGUACGAAAUGAAGGGGCUAAAAGCCCAGUGCAUGUGAUAGCCAGUUUAUUUAUUGUUUGAUAAGUCUGUUAAAAACAUAAAGAACUCUGUGUAAAUUUGAUUAUAUGAUUGGAUCUUUUAUUAUGCGACAAUCAGUCACAAUAUGCAACAAAAUGUUUGUUUUUUUUCCUUUUUAUUUUGUUAUUCUCCACCACAAACCAGACGAUAAUUAACAGAAGAUUCUGCUCUGAUUACAUGCGGUCCGUUUUUGAUGAAACAGUUGGUCCUUACAGCAGCCUAAAAUUGAUCAUCAGUUCCUAAUAUUUAUUGAUUGGUUCAGUUUACAAACCUUUGGUUUAAUGUAUGCCAUUAAAGUUCAGUUAUUUGACACGGGGUGACAGAUUUCUUAAGUUUCGGGUGGCCAUUAUUUGGUGUAAUAUAUUUUAAAAGUUGCCUGGAAACGUGUGGGUGGAAAAAAAAUUUAUGUUUUUCAUAAAUAUGUAAAUAGUGUUUUUUGGAACCAGUAAAUGUAGGCUAUAAAAAAGUUACACAGGUAUUCGGUUGGUUUUGGCCAGCCUGGAAGGAAAGAACCUUGUACAGUUUGUAAGUUAAAGUAUAUAAAUAUAUAUAAAAAUAUAUAUAUAUAUAUAUAAAUUGUGACAAUGUAUAGAUUCAUUCCUGCUUUGUAUUUGUUUAGGUUUUUUUAACUGAAUGAGAGAUGCCUUAGACAGCUGCGCCCAGUAUUUAACUGUUUUUUUUUUCUGUCUAAUCCUGGUUAACCUUUGUAAAACUUGCUUUGUGUUUGUACCUUAUGUUAUGUAAUGUCACGAGCACUGAUUAUAAACCCCUAGGUUCCAAAUUUUGUACAAAAUUAUUGCUGAUUGUAAUUAAAUAUAAUGCUUUUUUUCUAAAUUAUGGCAGUUCUGGUGCUCAAUUUCUGUAAAUGAAGCGAUUCUUCUUCAAGCCUGACAUGAUGUUCUUCAGCCGCUUUGUGUGUUUGCCAGAAGAACACAAAGAACCAGCAAAUAAUCAUCGAUAUUAAAGGUGCUAACACACAUUUGCUCCUUUUCUACAGUCACCUCCUCAAUAAAAAGUGCUCAAACCAG